GUCCGGCAGGCCCUGCCCCGGACAGCGGCGGCGCCGGGGUGAGUCACUGCUUGGAAAUGGAGUGGGCGGGCGUGCGCGUAGCAGAAUGAAUGAUGUCAGGGAGCAGCGCGGCGAGCAUGAGGCUCGCGGCAAACACGGCGGCGGCCGCAGCCCCGAACGAGCGCUGCCCCCGGCGUCCCCCGGCCCGGAGCCGCCUCCAGCGGGAGAGCCCUUCCAGCUGCGGCACUGCUGAGGCAGGAAACCUCUGCGAGAAGUGUCGCCUCUGCCGACGCCCUUAAAGCCGGUCCCUUUCGCCAGGAAGGAGAAGAGGCUGAGGCUGGGAGAGGAGCGAAUUGCAGGGGAAGGUAGAGAUUGUGGCAAACUUUCUAGCUGCUUCUGCGUGCUGCUACCUCACUGGUGGGAGUGUCUGCCCAUAAGGAACUGCAAGAGCCCAAACCUAAGAGCCCUGGGGCUCCAAAAAAGACUUCCAGCCACCUUUGGAGGAGGAACUGCCAGCAGUGCAAGCUUUUGCAUAUACGGCUGAGUAGAUAAUUCAGCUCUAGAAGAAAGAUUUGUCUUCACAAAUUCCUUUGAAAGCACAAUGGAUGCAUGUUAGAGUUCUACAGAAGUCAUCUAGGAACAAGAACAUUGGACUUUGAGGAAUAACAGAGUUCAGAGAGCCCAGAAAUUAGUCACUAAUAAAGCCUCUUUGAUCAUACAGCUUGGAAAUGAAUACCAUUGAGACAGCAAAGCUUGAAGAGCAUAUGGAGGGUCAGCCAAAUGAGACUUCUAAUGGCUACUCACGACCUACACUCUCAGUCAGUGAAGAGAACAAAAAUGGCACUAGCAAACCAAAGGGCUUGUCUAAUGGCUUGCGAAAAACAACAAAGAAAUAUCCCGAUUACAUCCAGAUUGCUAUGCCUGCUGAAUCUAGGAACAAAUUUCCUCUGGAAUGGUGGAAAACAGGCAUUGCCUUUGUCUAUGCUCUCUUCAACUUGAUUUUAACAACUGUCAUGAUCACUGUGGUCCAUGAGAGAGUACCUCCAAAGGAGCUAAGCCCUCCCUUGCCUGACAAAUUUUUUGAUUACAUUGAUCGUGUAAAAUGGGCUUUUUCUGUAUCAGAAAUAAAUGGAAUGAUACUACUUGGAUUAUGGAUAUUCCAGUGGUUGUUUCUUAGAUACAAAUCAAUAGUGGGACGCAGGUUCUUUUUUAUAAUAGGAACUUUGUAUCUGUAUCGCUGUAUUACCAUGUAUGUUACCACCUUACCUGUGCCUGGAAUGCAUUUUCAGUGUGCGCCAAAGUUGAACGGAGAUGCUCAGGCAAAGAUUCAGAGAAUCCUGCGACUGAUUUCUGGUGGUGGUCUAUCCAUAACUGGAUCACACAUCCUGUGUGGAGACUUCCUGUUUAGUGGACACACUGUAGUAUUAACGCUGGUCUAUCUGUUCAUCAAAGAGUAUUCACCACGUCAUUUCUGGUGGUAUCACUUAAUCUGCUGGCUGAUGAGUGCUGCUGGCAUCAUUUGUAUCCUGGUUGCUCAUGAACACUAUACUGUAGAUGUCAUCAUUGCCUACUAUAUCACCACACGGCUCUUCUGGUGGUACCACUCAAUGGCUAAUGAAAAGACUUUAAAGGUGUCUUCACAGACGAAUUUUCUCUCUCGAGCAUGGUGGUAUCCAAUAUUUUAUUUCUUUGAGAAGAAUGUGCAAGGCUCUGUUCCUUGCAGUUUUUCUUGGCCAAUAUCUUGGCCCCCCAGCUGCUUCAAAUCUUCAUGCAAAAAGUAUUCACGUGUUCAGAAGACUGGAGAGGACAAUGAAAAAUCUACCUGAAGAAAAGAAGGAAAGCAUCUACUCUGGCUUUUUGAUUUUUGAUUUUUUUUUUACCAAAAUAUUAAUGCUGUAACCAAAGUUUUUGAGAAGACUGUAACUGAAGAAGUGGACCAAACUUCUGUGCAAUUGAUGGAAAGACAAUUGUAAACAUGUAUUGCAUUUCAGAUGUUUUCCUCUCAUCAGGCUGUAUAGACCUGUUCUACUCUUCAGUGCUAACCAAAUGCACCACUGAUGGGAUUUUUUUAUUAAAGAAAAAUUGGAGCAGGACUUUGCUUUAUUAAUGAGAUAGAGGUGCCAAAGACCACAGUAACACUUCCAUUACUAUCACUCAUCCACAGAAGCACCCAAAAGUCUCAUCCUCAGAGUUCUGGAGUGCGUAAGGGCAAAAACAUUCUAAAAUGUAAAGGCACGAUAUUUGCAUAUUGAGGUGUAUAAAAAAAAACACGAUUGUGGGAAGUGGUUUGUUGCAUUAUUCUUGCUAAUGAAGGUAAGGCCUUCGUGUGACUGAUACAGCUGGAAGCAAGUCUGACUUUUAUAUGCUGUGGGUAUGAAUAUCUUAUGACCAUAAAAUACUACUUACCACCAUUAACUUCCAUGUAUUGUACUAUAUACCAAUUUUUACAUUUUUAUUAGUAAUUUUAUAUUUAAACAGUUGUGCUACCUGAUGAAUUUGCAAAUUAGAAAUAGCUACUAACAUCAGAGCUCAAGGAGCCUAAAGUUUUACUUUUAAUAAGGGACACAGUUUCAACAUUUAAACCUUGAAUUGCAGCUGGCCUUGUGUAUUAUAGCUAUACAGUGCCUGUGAGUGUAUAUAGAUGCAUAUAUACACAAAAGCACACACCUUAAAACAAAAUUUAGUGAGAAGAGUGAGCAUAGAGUUCUUGAUGCAGGCAAAAAUUGUAAAGCUCUCCCUGUGUGAGGAAUGCAAGGCUAGGUCCAAAAUGGGACUGCAUUUAAAAUGUUUUAAUUUUAGUAGCAAUCUCUUGCUGAAACUAUGUAGCAGGUUUGCUUGGGAGCCAUAGUUCUCCAUGGAAUUUCUUUUUGUCUUUUACCUCUUGACACAUGUUUGUGACUUAUUUAAAAAAAAAAAAACAGACAAAAAAGUGCUGAGGUGAAAUAUCUACAACAGCAGCAUUUCUUCAAUUACAACCUAAAAUAAUUUAGUACUAAAUGACACUGUCAUAGAACUCAAAUGUUUACCUCAGGGUUUCAGUCCAGCUAAAAUGGCUAUUUAAACAAGUUGGCUGAGAAUGGGGGAAUUACCAUGGGGUGAACAUGUGACAAAACUACAGAUUAACAGCUACCUGUUUCUUGUUGGUUUAUGUUGUUUCGUAUUGUUAUGGAAGCAGAGUAGAAAAUUAGCACACCAUGUUUAGCCAUUUAUAUUCCGUAUUUAUUUCUGCAGUUAACUCAAUAUUUUUUUCAGAUCUUCGCUAAAACCUAAUGAAAAGAUAGAACUGCUUUAAGUGUUGAGGUAAUACUAGUAUAAAUGAAAUGCUGCAUAUUUUAAGAAUGUCUUGAACUGAGGGUAAAGUGUGAAUACAAUUUAAAUGAUGACUUUUUUUAAAAAAAAAGUAGAGUUAAAGUUAUAAAAUUAAAUAGAGUAUUCAAAUAUAAUCAUACUUAGUUAUGGGGAUCUGAGUUGUAUAUGAGGUUAUUUUUGAUGUGCAUUAUCAAAAUAAUACAAUAAAAAGUGUUCCUUUCAAUACAUUCUUCAAAAAAACCUAGUUAAGAAAGAUAAAUUCUGCUGUUGUUUGGUUUUGUUAUUUAAAAUGAGCUUAGUAGACUCUGACAAUGUACCCCUGAAGUUGUGUGUGUAUGGGCAUAUCUGUGCUUUUAUUUGCUUGCUUCUAGCAGACUUUGAAUGGCUAAAAAGCCAGUAUCAAAAUACUUUUGAAUCCUUGUUCUCUAUCAUAUAAAUGAUUCUAUUCAAUACUAGUCAAUAGAUCUCCCAAGUUACAUGUUAUAUCAGUACUACUUCACAGAUCAUAAUUUAAGCUAAAAUCUAAGCUUUGUGAUACCUUAAAUACAGUCAAGUUAAUCCACUUGUAGUAAUGCUAUCUUUUAGGAGUUAUGAAUGGAUUUUGUUAGUGGUCACUGUGCCUUGAAAAUAGCAUGAUGAAAAGCACUAUCUAAGGAGCUUAAGCAGUGGUUUUCAUCUGGUGGCUGAAAAAUAAACACUUUGAUAGUCUACGUAUCUAAUUGUCUGCAUAACCACCACCAUGCCUUGGUGGGAUUUCUGUAAUAGAACUGCAAAGCAGGCUUUCUUCAUGCAGGAGGAGAUGUUUGGGGUUUUUUUUUACUCUUAUUCCUUUUCUGAAGAAAAAAAAAGUGGAAGUGAUGAAAUAGAACCAAGUAAAGACUUUGCUUUUGUUGGGCUGUGUGAGCUUUCAUUCCACUGCUGAAUUUGAUAGAGACUUGUAUUGUAACACAAAAGGAAAGUUUAGAUAGCAACUCUAGCUCAAAAUACUUAGUUCCUGUUCUGGCUCAGUCCUCCCUUAAGUGCUUAAUAUUUAUCCAUUGUAUGAAAACUCACAAAGGAGUGUGUGUGUGUGUGUUUAAUUAGCAUAAAGCGCCAGUUGUCUGCCCUCUCAAUAGCUUUUGAUUGCUUUUGCAACUUGGAUGGUAUAGCUGUAUUUGACGACUCUUUAGACCUAUAUGCAAGGUGAUAAAAUGGGGUAAGUAGUGGUAUACUCUAGUUCUUACUGCUAUAGUAGUUUAUCCAAUACAAACUACAACUGCUACAUAAGAAUUACUAAUUUUAACAUCUUAGUGAUCAUUGAAUACAAAUACCCUGAAGCUUAAAGUAUAGUUUCAUCCUGAGCAGCAAGACAUUGCAAUAGGUUAGAAGGACAAACUUGGACUUUGUUAGUCCUACAAUCAACUGGUCAGUAUAUUAUUUUGUCUGUAUAUGCCCAGUACUUUCUAGUGUGUCACUAAUAAUUUUUUGCUAGUUACAAUAAUAUUUCUCAGAGAUAUCACGUCCCUUUACUGUGAUUAUAACAUGCUCCUCUUGACUAAAGAGCAUUUACAUGUUGAACUUUACAGGCACUUAAUAAAAAAAAACCCACUACAUUUGUACACCUGACCUAUCAGUAUGAAUACUGAUGGACUUUCUUAAAAUGCCAAACAAACAUAAAUUUAAAUCUGGAUUUAAAAUGUUAACUUGAGCAUUUAAAAAAAUGUGCUGCUAAGUGGUCAUGCUACAGAUGCUUACUUCUAUAUGCAAGAAGUUGUUAAUGUCUACUCGAAAGCACUGUAAAUGGACACCUUUUUCGGUACGUGCUUAGCACUCCCAUGUGGACAUAAAUGGUACUGUUUGUUAUCCUUCACUACUGUUUUCUUGGGAAGAUCGCCACAGGUGGUGUAACAACAAAAAUAGCUGUGCUAAACAUUGCAAUGAAUCCUAGUACUGGAUUUGCUGCCCUCCUUAAAAAAGCAUUCGGGAGAGAAGGAAACUAAGACAAAGCUUGUUAAAAUACACUAUAUUCAUGUAAUAGAGAAAUAAAGCUCAGCAACAGAGACAGAACUGGGAAGUCUUAAAAGAGAUGAGAACAUUCUCCCAAUUGGAUUAUUGCAAAUCCACUUACUAGGGUCUUAAAUCAGAAUUGGUUCAAUCUCUGGCUUUCUCCUAUCAGUAGUAUCUGGCUAGACAGUUUAUCCUAAGUUGCUUGGUACUAACACAAAUUCUUUUUCUCAUGUUGUUGGAUGGGAUUUACUGUUCUAGAGACAGAUCUAUUAACUUCAGUGGAAGGUGGUCUUUCCAUUAACUUUAAAUGAACUUUCAUAUAGCUCUUUUUUUUUUGUUUGUGGGGAUUUUUUUUCCUUUGUUAGUAGGAUUUUUGGGAGUUUUUUGUGGUGUUUUUUUAAAUGCAUAAACCUUGAAUCUUAAAGAUUGAUGGGGUAAUUUUGGAAAUGGGUCCAAGUUGCCAGAUGGACUGGAACCAUUUUGCCUUACUGGCAGAUCUAAUAGUUUUAAAGCUCCAUUGUCAUCUUGAUAUUUUUACAAUAUACAUGUUUUGAACUUAUCUAGGACUCUUAUGUAGGCACACAAAAUUAGAAUAAUGCUAAAAGAUUGAACAGUUCUGUAUAGAAGUAUUCUAUUCCAGACAUUGUAAAAUUAAUGUCUUAAAUUCAGUUAUUAAGCAUAGGUAUCUUAAAAGUAAAUACUUGUAUUAGGUAUCAUUCAAAUGAGUGUUGCUGCUGAAGUGCACAUGAGAAAAAUACCCUAGCAGACCAUCAGAGUAGCUUUGCUUAUAAGUAAGCCUUCAUGUGCCACUUUAUGUUGCUGCUUGGAAUCUAGAAGGAAGUGCUGUGAAACAGAAUAGAGACAAAGGCAUUUGUAGUAUUUAUAAGGAAAAGGAAGGAAGAUGAAAACACUGAAAUAGAUGGUAGUCAUAUAUUGCUUCUUGCAUGAAAUUGAGCUAAAACUACACCUAACUUCUCAGAAGCAUAGAUUUAAGUUGUGUAACGGUUAUUAAAAAAAGAAAACAACAAACCCAAACCUAUAAGGAAGCAGCAGUAUUAAACACAUUAUUCUAUGGUACAGCUGUGUAUUCUGUGCUGGCUCUCAUCCAUAAGUUAAAAUAUAAAAACAAAACCCAACUCAGAGGUGCUUGGAGAUUAAAGUACUUAAAUAUUAUUAGCAGUUUUUCUUAUAAGUUGUUCCUACAAGCUGUCACUAAUAGUUUCUAAAACAAGAACAAAAUGCUGCGAUGCUAAAAGCAAAUGGAAGCUUUUUUCCUAGUUGACUUCAGUUACCAUGGAUUUAACCAUAUGAUUAAAUGUUAUUAACCUAGAAAUCAGGACAUAACAAUGUCAGGCUAGAUAGAGGUAGCUCAUGUACUGCAGGGAAACAGUUCCGAACUCAUCUUUCCUAACUAAACUCUCAAUACCUGUAUGAUGUUUAAAGAUGAAGUAACAAUACUGUGCAGUCUUUCAUGUGUAUAUGAAAUACUGGUGUUUAAGAUUCCCUCUUUCUACUGUAAAUCAGUUAUUAAAAGCCCACAAAGGUUUGACUUGUUUUCAGUAAAAAAAUUUUAAUUGCAAAGGACUUGGAGUUGAGCAAAUGGCUAGAUGUUUAUUUUCUGUACCUCUUAGCUGUGUACUAACCUUUAAGAUGCAAACUAGUUUUCAGUCCUAGGAAGAGAGGGCAAACCACUUCUUUCUGGGAGAAGAGCAGUGUGUGACUUUUUGGAAUUGAAAUUAUGUUGCCUGCAUGUUCCAUGCAGACUUACCUGUAUUACUGUUGAAAAAAGAUGCUGUAUAGUUAGUGUUUUCACUUUUUCAAAUGAUUCUGUAGUGGUUGACCCCAAUCCUUUAACUGGAUGAGGAGUGAGUGUGUCCUUUACUUGCUGUCUGUAUGGUUGAGCAUAACUGGUUUUAGUUCUGGUAAAUGUCAGUGGAAAAAUUGCAGAUCGCUUGGAUGCAGUACCUAAGAUGUUUCAAGGUGUCUGUGCAUGGGUUUCUUCUAGGAGAAAUACUCCUUUUUCAAGCUGUGCCUAAAUAGUAAUAAUGUCAGCUCUUGCAUUUUCUCACAGCAUAAUAUGGUCUUUAGGAGGUUAGCAUUUGUGACACUGCAAAGAAUUACACAGAAUAAUCUCCUUUAUGCCAACUGAGAUCAAUUUUCACGAAGUGUCUUUGCUGAAAUAUGCUUGAAGAUUACUUUCUGGGGUGUAUUUAAUUUUUUAAAUAAGAGAAAAAGUGAUCAGAAAUGAGUCUGAAAUAAGAGCAUCUUAAGCAGUUUGGGCCAGGCACCAUGUAGACACAUGGGUGUGGAAAGGGGAUUCUCUGGCAUAAAUAACAUUGGAUUCAGUACACAAUGGCUUCCGUAGGAAGACAAACCAGGUUGUACAUGUACAAUACAGAUGGCUGUGAGCUAUCUUUGCCUGUCCUUUUAAGCUGCUUUCAGACUGACAGUGCAGUACUAAGAAGUGAAGGGCACUUACAAAUCAAAACUAUAAAUGGGCCUGAAAAGGCAAAUCUCUGUAAAACCAGUCAUCAGAGAGCUGUAUUCCAAUUCAACUGAACAUACAAUUGGGUGUUACUACAGGUGUGUGAGUCACAUUUAAGAUGAGUGGAACUGUUUGCUUUCUAAAUUAUUUUCAUUAAAGAUGGCAGGUGUGCUGAGAAUAUCAAGAGGAAAUUGAUCUCCCUGAUUACUUUUACCUCUACCAUUGAAGUGUUUGUGCAUGAACCUUAAACAAUAUUACAGAACUCCAACCCCUCUUACAUUUUGAGUUACUUAGCAGUGCUUUGUUACUUAUGUAAAAACUGGGUUUGCAUUCCACUUUUUUCAGUUUGUUACCACUCAGAAUGCUGCUUAUGCUGAAGCCUGUGCUGCUUUAGCCUCCUGUCUAACUACAUCUGCUUCUACUAAUUAUUUUUUUUAAGUGACUCAAUACAGAAGAGUAGGAUUUACAUUUGAGAGUGCCUUGUAAUUAACACUAAAGCCAAAAUGCAUUCUUGUCAGACACAUCUUUGCACAAUUAGUACUUGAAAAUAAUUUCAGGUUUCAAAACCUGACAUGCUAGGAUGUACUUUUUUUCUCUCAGGAACCAAUUCUUGCUUCUUAAACGUUAAGCAUGUUUGUUUGUGUUUAUUUUUGUGAUUCAGAAGAGCAUGUGUGAGAUGUAAAAAAGGUUCUGCUAGCUUUUGAGGUCAGGUUUAUACCAAGGAACCUGAAAGUAAAAGCGGAAAUAAUGGUUUUAUGGCUGUGGUUCUCAUGCUUUCCAUGUGACUUUGAAAACUCUCAAGACUUCCCUAAGGUGCAGGACCUCACUUUGGCUGUAACAUGUUUCAUCCUUGUCAACUGACAGCUUUUCUUGCAGGACUUUUAUGUAUCCAUAGCUCUGUAUGUGAAUUUGAGCUGUUUAUCCAACUGUGGAAAAACUAGGCAAGAAAAGAGGUUGACUGCUGAGGAACCCUACAUGGUAGUGUAAGAAUGCUGUAAUGCAUGUGUGAUAAGAAGCUGGUAAGAUGGUGGUGUUCUGUUACUUUAGUUCUGCAAACGCCAUGCAGCAGACUACUACAGUAACAAAUUGAGAAACCUUUGGUGCUGUAGUUUCUACUGAUCUUUGCAAACUGGGUGUUUUUUUCAUAUAAAUUCUUCACAAUUAGCAAGAGUUGGCUUUUAAGUGUUAAAACUUUCAGGAUGACACUUUAUAGCUGAUACUUUGUUAGGUAACUGAGUGUUAUGGUUUGCUGUAUAUAUGCAAGAGGUGCUAGAGCUAGAGUUGUGAUUUGUGCUGCAAUCUAUUCACUGUGUUAAAAAAACCCAAACCAAAACCAACUAUUGCACUAGCUGUACUUUAGAAGAAGCAAUAAUGGGAGCAUCUUGUAGCUUUUCUCUCCAAAGGUGCGUCUGUCAUGAACACUUUACUGUCAACUGUGAACUUGGUAAAAACAUGUUAAAGAAAUUGUCCUAUGUGGUUUACUGGGCACAUGUAAGUUGAAAUUUUUUAUGGCCAGCCUGCGUACUAAUGAAUACAGCUGGAUUACUUACAUAACCACCUACAUCUUUAAAAAUAAAAACGCUUAUAUCCAUUUAUGGUGCUAAUAAUUUCAAAUAUUAUAAAGAGCUGGCCUUCUCUUAUUAUAUGUGAGCACUAAGGAAAGUUGUUCUGACACCAUCUCAAUAAAACAAAAUUUCUCUACAUUUUAAGCCUGUUCCAAAUGCUUUUUAUAUAGAUACAUUUUCCUAAUUUUUUUGUAUAAAAACUGCAAAAAAUAGUAUUUUAAUGCAGGAAAACAUUAGGAAUGUAUAUUAUUCUAAACUACAUGUCCAUUUCUAAAUUUUCAUACAUUUUAGGAUAGCUGAUCUUUGGGAACUCAGUCUAAAAUGUAAGAAUUGUACUAGGUAGGAUUAAAUGCCAGGCUUGUAGUUCAAAGAAAAUAACUCUCUGGCUUCAUCAUCACUGCUGAAGCCUGGAAGACAGAGGGAGAGGAUGUAAAGUGGACAAAGGUGUAUUAGAAAGACACUGAUUAUACAGUGUAGAUGUACUUUUUGCUGAAACUUAAAAACCCAAACAACUUGUGAUGGACAUGACCAUGUAACUAUCUAAAGAACAGAAGUGAAACAACUUAAUUGCCAAGACAGUUCACAGUAGGAGAUUAUAAAAACAUGUGAAAGAACUUUAAACUAGAUUUUUUAGAUUGUGAAAUGGCAAAGUAAUUUUCCAACUUUGUUUGAAAGCUUCACAAGCAACUUUUUCUUAAAGUGAAAAAUUAUCUUGUGCCUUCUCUUGCAGAAGCUAUCAUUGCUUUCCCCCUUGCUUUUGGUUGUGAUUUUAUUGUAUGUAGUGGACAUCACACUUCCAGAUCUUUCAAAGAGGCAUUUUUGGGCAGCAGUGCCUACACUUUCCAUCCCCAGAGAAUACUGAGACUUUAGUUUUUGUAAAAGGCCCCUUACUCAUGAGCUUGCUGUUGUGAAAAUGUCUGCCUGUGGCAGGUAUGGCAGUCCUGCUAUGGUCAGCUCUUAAAUGAGCAUACUGCUCCUAAUUCAGCCAGACACAUGAAUGUGCAAGAGUGGGUGCUAUGUCCAUGUGCACUGGUGCCACUGCAGCACACGCCUGUGCUCUGAAAUGGUUGUACCCUAAGUUGCUAUUCUUCAUUUACUAGAAUAAAUUCUCUUAAAUCACUUCCACCUAGUAUUUCAAGAAGUAAAAGGGCUUCUCUAAGAUCUAUUUGAUGGAACUUCUGUGUCAGUGGAAGGAAUAUUCCAUGUUUGGUGUAACUUAAAGCAGAAACAAAACAAGCCCAUCAUCUAGGAUAAAACCAGGACUAGUUGGGGUUUUUGUUUGUGUGAAGGUGGAUACUCCAGUAACAAUAGUCUGGAUUGUCUUCCUGUUUCUCUCAGUGCACCAAAGAUUGAAUGGUUACCCAUCGUAGUCCUAAGCCACAUUGAAAUAUAACCCUCCUAUCUUAAUUACUAGAUGCUUCAGAGAAAAUGACUGCAUUUUUUUAAUUUACAAAAAAGUGCAAUAUUUAUGAAAAUAUUAAGAGGCAAAUGGCUGCAUGCUUCAAUGUCCUGCAAAAACAACACCUUUGCAAGCAUGUGACAUGCACUUGACGAAAAGUCGAUUUUUUUAGCUUUAGUUGCUGUGUUACAGCAACUGUGUUUCAGUGCACUAGUGUAACUCAGAACUUUCAAAUAUUUUCAAUGUGCUUUUGACAAGGAGUGUGUUUUUUAUGAAUAAAGUGCCUGUGGAAAUAAAAAUCUAAAAGUUGCCUGCGAUCUCAAAUAAAGCAUAUAAAACCACAGCCCAUACUUGAGAAUGGGUGCUAAGUGAGCAGCUGCAGAGAACAGCUGUUCAACAGUCCUAAGCAUUGAUUCAAAGAUUAAGUUUGAGAGAAGAAUAUUAUGUUGCUUUUGAGAGUUUACUGUGUUAAUUAAACUUCCAAUGCUUCUGCUUGGGCCUUAACUCUGUAACUUGGUUAUCUUUAGGGAAAAAUUACUUCCUUUGAACUAUUCUAUUUUUAAUGCUUGUUUUCAUGAUAGUCUUUAUUCUGGUGGGGAUUUUUGUUUGCUUGUUAUGUGGAGCUAUUUUUUGACCUGUUAUAAGUGGAGUCACCAAAAGCUUUCAUUCCUCAGGGGUAAAGGAGUUUGAAGAAUGGUUUUUCCUUAAGUGCAGAAAUAAAGAGGGUGCGGUUUUUAUUACACUGAUGCUAGGACUGAAGAAGAAGGAUUUCCAUGGAAAGAACUAUAGUGCUAAAACUUGUAUACGUAGUUAUUUGGGGUAUGCAGAACAUUAGUAAAGUACUUGGAUACGUUUUGCUGUUAAUUUAAUGCUUUAAAAAGAUGCUAUUUAGUUCCAAUUUAAGUUGGAGAAACAGAUUUUAAUGUUGCAACAGCUAUUAUUUUAACUUGAAACAUCCACUUAGGUACUGGUAUGUUAGAGCUAAAGUUGCAUUUUAUCACUUAAAAUUUUGAAAUUAAUCUCAUUUUUAUCAAAAUUAAUGUGAAAUUUAAUCUCUGGACACCCUAGAAUUGGCCAUAUGCCACUGAAACCAAUAUUUCAAGUGCAUACAUAGGAAUGGAAGGCAUUUUUAAAAUCUAGUUCAGCUUCUUGACUAGACUAGAGAAGGAAGUGAGGCUAAAUUACUCUUGUACAAAGAAAACUGGCAAAAACAAAUGUGUUUCAGCUGUGCUGAAUACUUUAGUUUCUUAUUUUCCUACUACAGAACUUAAACUUUUCUGAAGACUCAGAUUUAAAAUAUCUUUAGUUCAGCUGAAUUUUCACCUGUUUUUAUGUAUUUUUUUUCCUAGCAGAUGCAUUUUAUUGGUACACAUUGUAAUUAGCUGCAGAAUUUCUGCCAAAUAUGGACAAAAUAAAAGCCACAUUCUGUUCUACCAUUUAACUCUGUUCUUAGUUUCUUCUCUUUUGCUUUGUCCAUGGCUGGUAAAAUGUCCACUUGCUAUUUAGGUUAAAGAGACAGUUGCCUUAAUUGCUCAGAGGAAAUCUGACCUUGACCAUUUAAAGCUUUAUGUAUUUCUGAAAUUGCUGUAACUUCUGUAUAAUUGCAAUAAAACAUUUUUCAUACAA